CACUGUAGAGUUUUCAUUGAUAAAGUAGCUCUCGCCUUGUGCUGGUCUCUGUCUGCAGCUGGAGUGUGUACGGAUGAACCCAGCAUCAACAGCACAUCUCGUUCUCUCUCUCUCUCUCUCUCGUUCAGCCUGCAACAGAAACAACAAAGCAACAAAACCACAGCUAGCAGAGCAGAUGCACAGGAACCAUAACAGCAGAGCUGGGACCAAGAGAUCAAGGACCAUAACAGCAGUUCUGGGACCAGCAGAUCAGGGACCAUAACAGCAGAGCUGGGACCAGGAUAGCAAGAGCCUGUCAAUCCAUCACUCUGGGCUCUACCGAGGCUAGUGUUCUACCUCUGGCCAACAUGAAGCUGCUGAACGGAGGAGGAGGAGGAGGAGGAGACGAAGAAGUAAGAGGAGGAGGAGGAGAAGGACGAGGAGGAGGAGAGAAGAAUGUAUUCUCCUUCAAGAAGUGUUCUGCUUUUCAGUUUGUGAAGAGAAAGGUCAGAAAGUGGAAGAUGUUGAACCGUCACCACGGUGAUGCUAAGCAGAAGGAGGCGGAGUCUGAGGUGCACCUUGGGGGCGGACCAUGGGGGGUGAGAACCAACCACCAGCUGGCUAGCCCUGUCCUGCUGGAGUGCUGUGUCUGCAGUGGACCCUUUGUUAGCUACGCUCUGGAAGAGGCCUGGCAGCCACGGCAACGCACACAGGCGAUGGAUCUGUACUACCAUAGUGAACCAGAGUACUACUGCUGUCGCAACGACUCUACUUUUAUGAAACAGAGGAGAUUGGGGCUGAAUGACUUCAUUCAGAGGCUGGCCACUAGUAACUCUGACACCUGCAAACAUCCUGAGGUUCAGUCCAUUGUCAACUUGGCUCCCCAACAACAGGAGGCUGAACUCAUGAACUCGAAUCCCACUCCUCCUCCCAGUCCCUCCCAGCAGAUGAACCUGGGCCCGUCCUCCAACCCCACAGCCAAGCCCAGUGACUUCCACUUCCUGAAGGUGAUAGGGAAGGGUAGCUUCGGGAAGGUCCUCCUAGCCAGGCACCGAACAGACGACCAGUUCUACGCUGUUAAGGUGCUGCAGAAGAAGGCCAUCCUGAAGAAGAAAGAGGAGAAGCACAUCAUGUCAGAGAGGAAUGUCCUGUUGAAGAACAUUAAACACCCCUUCCUAGUGGGACUACACUACUCCUUCCAGACCGCUGAUAAACUCUACUUUGUGCUGGACUACAUUAACGGAGGAGAGGUGAGGACGGGCCCUAAUGACCUUCGUCACUUUGAUCCAGAAUUCACAGACGAGCCUGUCCCCUCUUCCAUUGGCUGUUCUCCUGACUCCUCCCUCAUCACUGCCAGCAUCACAGAGGCAGCCGAUGCCUUCCUAGGGUUCAGCUACGCACCCUCCAUGGGUUCAUACCUAUCCGUCCUCUCCCCUACUCCCUACCCCCUAAUCGCUACGCCCCCCUCCUCCCCUCAGAUCCGUCCUCUCCCCUACUCCCUAAUCGCUACGCCCCCCUCCCUCCUCCCCUUAGAUCUGUCCUCUCCCCUAAUCGCUACGCCCCCCUCCUCUCCUCAGAUCCGUCCUCUCCCCUACCCCCUAAUCGUUACGCCCCCCUCCUCCUCUCAGAUCCGUCCUCUCCCCUACCCCCUAAUCAUCCGUCCUCUCCCCUACCCCCUAAUCGCUACGCCCCCCUCCUCCCCUCAGAUCCGUCCUCUCCCCUACUCCCUAAUCGCUACGCCCCCCUCCUCCCCUUAG